GUGACACCGGGCGGACGCGCACAGUCGAGCUCGACGAGCAGGAAGAGACACGCGGAGGAAACGACCGGAGUGACGAGUGAAGAGUGAAGGAGUGAAGGAGUGAAGAGUGAAGGAGUGAAGAGUGAAGGAGUGACGAGUGAAGGAGUGAAGAGUGAAGGAGUGACGAGUGAAGGAGCGGCCGACCGAGAGGAGGAGGAGAAGAAGCAGCAGGAAGAGGAAGAGGAAGAGGGGGAGGAGUCGCAGGACCCUGCGGUGCUGGAUGUAGCCGUUUUGCGGGAGCUUGAUUUCUUUGCGGGGAAUGUGCGGCUGCUCCGCAACUUUGUGAAUCUGUUCGCCCCGCGGAGGAGCACGCGCCGCGGGAUGGGAGUGACGUGGUCCUCACGGUGCCUCGCGCUCUGCCUGGCUCUGCACAUCGUCUCCAUGCUACAGACGGUGCUGGUCAGCGCUGGUCAAUGUGACUCGGUGUUUAAAGGAUUCUCAGACUGUCUGCUUCAGCUCGGGGAGAACAUGGCCAACUACCCCCAGGACCUGGACGACAGGGAGAACCUGCACAAGAUCUGCACUUACUGGGAUAACUUCCACUCCUGUGCCACGACGGCGCUGGCCGACUGCCAGGAGGGAGCGACGGACCUCUGGGAGAAGCUGAAAAAGGAGUCCCGCAACCUGGAUUUCCGUGGGAGUUUGUUUGAACUCUGUGGCGGCGGCAACGGGGCCCCGAGAUCUGCCGACGCCAGGGGCCUCGCCUUGGUGCUCACCACGCUGCCCAGCGUACUGACUUGGCUGGCGUUUUAACAGAGACCAGGAGAAAAAAUAAAAACACAAA